AUGGAAAUGCAAAAAUGUGAAAUCACGUUAUCACAACUAGGUUUCUCUUGUGAAAUAGAUAACUCUCAAAAUUUGAGACGUAUAGUGAAGCGGUUACCAAUGCAUUUGAGAGUGAAAUGGGUUGAGAUCGCACACGUGAUUAAUGAGUCUGGUAGAGAACCAAAGUUUUCCGAUUUAGCGAGAUUUGUAGAUGAAAAGUCGCGAGUUGCUAAUUCCAUGUACGGUAUAGACAUUGUUAAGGAGAACAGAACAUUAAAAGUGGAACACAAGACGACUUCCGGUCGAUUUUAUGCUGAAAAACCAUCAAAAGAUAUAACAACACUGACUACUCAGAGUAAUACGGAAAUGAAGAAGUACGAGCGAAAAUGUAGAUGUUGCCAUGGUAACUGUGCAGACUUAUGUUCAUGUGUGAAAUUCAAGUCUAUGAAUUUAAAAGAACGGAACGAAGUGGUUAAAAAGAACAAACUGUGCUUUAAUUGUUUGAAAGGAAAUCAUUCCUUUAAUAACUGUAGGAAACCAAAGUUAUGUACCGUGCCGGAUUGUAGAAUUAAACACAAUAUUCUACUACAUAGUUGGACUGGACCACGGAACGAGGCCUCAGUCACACAAUCCUCGGUGAAUUGCGCAGCUGUUAAGAGUUCAUUUGUGAAGAACUGUUUGGGUGUUGUGCCUGUGAUUGUAAGAGGCGAAAACGGGAUUCAGUGUCAUACAUACGCGCUGUUAGACGAUGGUGCUGACAAAACACUAUGUGACGAGAGACUGUUACAGAAGUUAAAUGUUGAUUGUAAGCCAAUAACGUUUCAAAUAUCAACCGUGAACUCAUCUAGCAGCACGAGUUAUGGGCAUGAAGCGGACCUUACAGUUAUGGCUGUAAACGGAACCGGAAGUGAGGAAGUCUCCCUCCGUAAGGUAUGGUCGGUGAAGAAACUACCGAUAUCUGCAAAAUCAGCGGCAAUGCAUUUAGAUUACAAAACUUUUCCAUACUUAUCUGACAUUGAAAUUCCCCAAAUUCCCAAUACUGAUGUAAUGCUUCUUAUUGGCACAGAUUUCCCAGCAGCCCAUAUCCCCUUAGAAGUACGGUCAGGAGAUAGUGACCAACCAUAUGCAGUGCGUUCCCGCCUAGGAUGGGAGAUUCGUGGUCCCUUGAAAGACGAUACAGCUCCCAGUGCAGUAAAUAUCCACUUUGAACAGUCCAGAGACAUAUUAUUACAGGAACACUUAGAAAAGAUGUGGAAUACUGAUUUCAACGACAGAUUGAACGAGAAAAAUUCUAUGUCCUUAGAAGACAAAAGUGCAAUGAAAAUAAUGGAAUCUUCUCUUAUUCAUAGAGACGGACACUACAUGAUGGGGUUACCAUGGAAAAACGAAAACGGACAAUUGCCUAACAACAUUCCACUCGCUCAAGUGCGUCUUCAACAACUAAGAAACAAACUGUCACGUGACCCAGGAUUACAGAAAAUGUACACAACUACCAUGAACGAAUAUAUAGAGAAAGGUUUUGCGACUGAAUUACCUGAAAUGGAGGACGAGAACUAUCACAAACGUAUCUGGUACUUACCACAUCAUCCAGUUACUAGUGUAAACAAACCAGGGAAAGUUCGCAUUGUGUUUGAUUGCGCUGCGAAAUAUAAAGGCGUUUCAUUGAAUAGCCAACUGCUCCAAGGACCUGACCUAAUGAACAGUCUUAUGGGCGUAGUAAUUCGUUUUAGGAAAGAGAAAAUAGCCCUUGCCGCGGAUAUAGAAUCCAUGUUUCAUCAAGUGCGCGUUACGGAUGAAGAUCGCAAUGUUUUACGUUUUCUAUGGUGGCCUGGUGGGGACUUAAAUAAGAAACCAAAGUGUUACCGCAUGAAUGUACACUUGUUUGGAGCGACAUCAUCACCAAGUUGUGCGGCGUAUGCCUUAAAGAGAACUGCAGUUGACAAUGCCGAAAUAUUUGAACCGGAAGUGGUUACUACAGUCCAGAGAAAUUUUUAUGUUGACGACUGUUUGAAGUCUGUGGAAUCAGAACAAAAGGCAAUAAAGUUAGCAACUGAUCUUCAGUCAAUUAUGAAGUUAGGCGGAUUUCGACUGACUAAAUGGCUAAUAAAAUUGGAAAAGAAGCCUUUCACGAGACGUGGAAUUCUUUCCGUCGUAAGUUCUAUAUACGACCCACUUGGACUUGUGUCACCUGUUACACUCCAGGCCAAGGGUAUAGUACAAAGUUUGUGCAGAUUGAAGAUUGGCUGGGACGACCAGAUACCACAAAACAUCAGUAAUGAAUGGCAAACUUGGUUAUCUACCUUAUCUAGCUUAGAAAAGCUAUCUGUGAAUCGCUGGUACAGACCACAGGGAUUUGGGACCGCCAGAAAUACCCAGUUACAUAUAUUCAGUGAUGGCUCGGAACGAGGCUAUGGUGCAUGCGCUUACUUGCGCUUUGUUGAUGUACAUGACAACGUACAUUGUUCCCUGGUGAUAGGAAAGUCUCAUCUAGCACCAAUAAAGCAGAUGUCUAUUCCACGACUUGAGUUAUCUGGCGCUGUAGUAGGGUGUAGAUUAUUUGCAAUGUUAUCUGAUGAAUUAGAUAUGAACUUUGACCAAGUUACCUUUUGGACAGACUCCAUGAUUGUUCUUGGAUAUAUAAAUAACGUGUCCAAGCGGUUCAAGACGUUUGUUGGGAAUAGACUCAGCAUAAUUCAUGAAACAACUUCCCCAGACCAAUGGCGCCACGUGCACACAAGUUCGAAUCCAGCAGACAUAGCUUCCAGAGGAAUAAGUGCAUACGAUACUGAAAAACUUCAUUUAUGGUUAAAUGGACCAACGUUUCUUCAGCAAGACUCUGAAAAAUGGACAAAAAAUCCACUUCCGCCGGAAGUAGCAGAAAAUGAUAACGAGGUCAAGAAGGAAGUCCUGAUUAAUAAAACUUCUGCAGCUGAAUGUCUAGAUAGCAUUAGAUCGCUAUUGUAG